AUGAAAAAAAAUGAUAAUAAUGAAAUAUCAAAUUAUGAAUCUGAUAAUGCCAGAAAUGAAACUUUUUUAGAAGCAUUGCAAAGUCUAAGACCAGAAGUGUUUGAAAAGCUUAUUGAAAAACUUUCAUUUGAUAAGGAUACUAAAUUUUUGUCUAAUAAGUAUGAGAAACUGUCAUCUAAUAAGAAUAAUGAAUUUUUAUCUAAUGAGAAUAAUGAGUUUUUGUCUAAUACAGAUACUAAGCUUUCAUCUAAAGAGAAUAAUAAGCUUUCGUCUGAUGCAAAUAUUGAGCUUUCAUCUGAAGAGGAUAAUGAACAUUUAUUUUAUAUGAAUGAUGAUAAAGUUUAUAAUAUAAACAAUUGCAAUAAACUAUAUAAUGAACUUUCAUAUGAUGAAGUAAUUAAUUCUAAUGAUAAAGAUGAAAAUAAUGGGUUUAGCUUAGAAGCAUUUAAUUUAUUAUUAAAAGAAAAUCUUUCUGAUAUUAAACUUCGCAUGUUAAGUAAAGGUGAAAUUUCUACAUUACAUCAUAGAUGUUAUGUAAAAACAAAGUUGUUACUGUCUCAUAAAGACUUUAAAUCAAACAUUACACAAUAUUUACAUGCAAAUAAAUUUAAAAUAACCUCUAAGCAGUUUGUAAAAUUUGUAGAAGAUGAAGCUAUCCCUGCUUUAGGAAUUGAAGAGAAAAAAACUAUCUUUAUUAGAACAGCCCAAAUAUUGUUACACAAACAAAUGACUAAUUUGAGACCUCGAAUGGCAGUCUAUAAAGGAGAUGAUAUGAAUCAAGUUAUUCCACCAAGACUACUACCAAAUAUUUCAAAAAUUGUCUCAGUUACUCAUAAUAAAUUAAUUUUUUAUGCUAAUGAUAAAAAAAAAGAAGCAAAUGAUUUACUCCCUGAUAACGAAUGCCUUUCUUAUACUGAUGCAUAUAUUAUUGUUUAUCUGGGCAUUAACCAAGAUGGCUGCUGGACUAAUGAAGAUGUUAUAAAACAAGUAUCUGAAAGGGCUACUCCAAUAUUCAAAAGAACUCAUCCUAGAAAAAUGAAUAUGAAAGAUGGAGGAAAAAGACUGCUCCUUCAUAAUGGCAGAAUGUGUAAUGGUUUUAUUCAUAUUAUGAUAUUUGUAGAUCAAGAUAAUAAAGUAAAGCUAAAAGGUAUUAAAUGUGUUCUUCAAAAACAUGAGUCUUUUUGGAGAGCAGCAAAACAAUAUGCAUGUUUACAUUGUGAUUAUUCUUUUAAAGGUCUUAAAAAAACUGUUUCUCAUGCAUUAGAAUCCAUUAGUUUUACUAAAAUUCACCAUUUUGCAUGUCAAUCUGAUCAAUAUAUGAGUGCUUAUGAGCAUGGUCUUUCUGGAAAAGCUGAGUUUUUGCUAGUUGGAUUACAUUAG